ACACUUCCUGGUCGUGGUGGGAGGAGACAGUGUCAGAGUGAGAGCUCUGUGUCUGUCGGAGGAUCUUUGUCUCAGAGAGCAGAAUGGCAGGCAGCGCGUGGAGGUCAAUGCUGUCCCAGGUGGUGGGGGGUGCAGUGAGGAGGCCCGCUCUGUCCUCAGCUUCCUUUUCCAGAGGGAUGCAGACGGUCACUCUGAUUCCGGGGGAUGGGAUUGGACCAGAGAUCUCCGCGUCUGUGAUGAAGAUCUUUGAGGCAGCUAAAGCUCCGAUCAGUUGGGAGGAGCGCAACGUGACGGCAAUUAAAGGACCCGGUGGGAGGUGGAUGAUUCCACCUGAUGCUAAAGAUUCGAUGGACAAGAGCAAGAUCGGACUGAAGGGACCCCUGAAGACGCCCAUCGCUGCAGGUCACCCCUCCAUGAACCUGCUACUCAGGAAGACCUUUGACCUGUACGCCAACGUGCGCCCCUGCGUCUCCAUCGAGGGCUACAAGACUCCGUACACUGAUGUCAACCUGGUCACCAUCAGAGAAAACACAGAGGGCGAGUACAGCGGCAUCGAACACGUGAUCGUGGAGGGUGUGGUUCAGAGCAUCAAACUGAUUACUGAGGACGCCAGCAGACGCAUCGCUGAGUACGCCUUCGAAUACGCCAGGAACAACCAGAGGACCAGCGUGACGGCCGUCCACAAGGCUAACAUCAUGUGAGUCCCUCUGAGCAGCCAAUCAU